CGUCAGGUCUCCCAGCGAGAGACCCCGCUUUGUCUUACGCCCUUUGAGGGUCUGGUAAUGAGAAAUUCGGUCGCCUCACAACCUGGAGCUCCAAUUCGUGACUGCCCGUUGACUAGCGAGUGGUGAAUGAUACUGCGGCGGUGGGCAAGCCAAAAGGCUUGUUGUCAUAUCAAUUUCCUGCCUUGUGGAGAUGUUGAUGCGGCUCCCCGCAUGGACUUGUCACACGAGGAGCGCGCAACUUCCAUGUAUGGAAACUCCGCCAGCGUGCAAUGGUGCCAUCCCCGGCUGCCAAGACCAGGUUUACGGCACGGCGUCCCGGGACUUUGCUGUCGGCGGGAAAAGUCAGGCUGUAUUAGCCGACGUAUUGCCGCCUGUCAACCCGAGGUCUGAACCCCGCACGGGUCCAGAGGACAUCAGAUAUGAAGAGAGAGGUAUGCGCCGGGAGUCGGGUAUAAAAGACCACUAACCCAAGCCCUCCAGAUCAUCCCGUUGUUCGCUGUUCGCCAGUCUACAUAGCAAAAUGAGGUUCCCACUCACUGCAGUUGCUACCGCCGCUCUAUCAACCCUUUCACUUGCUUCACCCACCUCUGGGUCCCAGACUUCAAUAAUGAGCAGCUUUACCGUCACGGCCAACAGUGGCACCGAUAUCUGGCGCAAGCCACCCACUACCAACGACUUCAACGCGCCAACCUUUGCCCCCGCCGGGGCCAAGUCCACGGGACCGCUCUCCAAGUUCCAGUCGGUCUCGGUAUCCUUCGCCUUCACGCCCAAGGUGCUCUACGACCAGGCCGGCGUGGUGCUGUCGAUGCGCCCCGCGGGCUCCUCCAAGGACGGGCCGCCGGCCAAGUGGGUCAAGUCCGGUGUCGAGAUGCUCGACGGGACGCCGGUCCUGGGCACCGUCGCCACCGACAACUGGUCCGACUGGUCGCUGUCCCCCGUGCCCGACCAGGCCAUCUUCCUGCCCGAGGGCGCGCCCGGAAGCAAGCCGGGCUUCUCCAAGGUCGUGGUCGAGAAGGGCGGCGACGACCCCAAGGCGCCGACGCUGUGGGUGCGCCUGGUGGCCGAGGACGGCACCAAGAAGCCGCUGCGCGAGAUCACCUGGGUGUUCGACACCGCCAUCGCCGACUGGGAGCUCGAGGUGGCGGCCUACGUAGCCAGGCCCAAGCCUGCCGACGACACGCUCACGGCCUUGUUCCAGGGGUUCGAUGUGCAGUGGAGCGAAUGAAGAACUAGCCCGGGACUUACCUAGGAUAAGGUUGAAGCUUUCAUGGGAGGGGGAUUCCACGUAGGAAUAUCACGCGUGAUGGUUUCCCUCGUGUUCUUUACGACGAUCGUCCAGUGGCUUUCAUGACUUGUGCUACCAGCAAGAGAAAAAGUACUGCUCCGAAAGGAAUCGUCCUCGGUAGCGGGUGGUAUCGUUGGAAUCUUUAAUUAAAGCAAUAUUUUGGCAUGUUUCGCGCUUCUUCCCCUCCCUGG